AUGUCUUUAAUUCCAAUGAGAUCAGGCCCUUCAGCCGCACACAGAUCUCUACUAUUAGACAGUAUUAGACUUUAUUCAGUCCAGGUGACAGCAUACUGUUUAUCUCUGGACACUAGCUGGAAAGUCAGAAAUUUUCAAGGAAUUUACCCCAGACAGGAAUCGAGGAGCACUGAAGGACUGCGGGUGCUCAAGUCCUUUAGCCUCUGUCCCUGCCGUGGAGUUGGGGACGUGUGUGAUUCCAACCCAUGCAAAAAUGGUGGCAUCUGUCUGUCUGGGCUGAAUGAUGACUUCUACUCAUGCGAGUGUCCUGAAGGCUUCACAGACCCCAAUUGUUCUAGUGUUGUGGAGGUUGACUCAUUUGAAGAGGAACCAACUUCAGCAGGACCCUGCCUUCCUAACCCGUGUCAUAAUGGUGGGAUAUGUGAAAUCAGUGAAGCGUACCGAGGCGACACAUUCAUAGGAUAUGUUUGCAAAUGUCCAGAGGGAUUUAAUGGGAUUCACUGCCAGCACAAUGUAAAUGAAUGUGAAGCCGAACCCUGCAAGAAUGGUGGAAUCUGUACGGAUCUCGUUGCCAACUAUUCCUGUGAAUGCCCAGGUGAAUUUAUGGGAAGAAACUGCCAACAGAGAUGCUCUGGCCCACUAGGGAUAGAAGGAGGAAUUGUGUCAAACCAGCAAAUUACUGCGUCCUCCACUCAUCGAGCUCUUUUUGGACUCCAGAAAUGGUAUCCAUACUAUGCACGGCUUAAUAAGAAGGGUCUUGUGAAUGCUUGGACUGCUGCAGAAAAUGACAGAUGGCCAUGGAUUCAGAUAAACCUGCAGAAGAAGAUGCGAGUCACUGGAGUUAUAACUCAAGGUGCCAAGAGGAUUGGAAGUCCAGAAUAUGUAAAAUCUUACAAAAUUGCAUACAGUAAUGAUGGGAAGUCAUGGACAAUGUAUAAAGUAAAAGGCACAAAUGAAGAUAUGGUGUUUCGUGGAAACGUGGACAACAACACCCCGUAUGCUAACUCCUUCACCCCUCCAAUUAAGUCGCAGUACAUACGUCUGUAUCCUCAGGUGUGCAGAAGACACUGCACGUUGAGAAUGGAGCUUCUGGGCUGUGAACUGUCAGGUUGCUCUGAACCCCUGGGGAUGAAAUCUGGACAUAUACAGGACUACCAAAUUACUGCCUCCAGUGUUUUCCGUACACUCAACAUGGACAUGUUCACUUGGGAGCCCAGGAAAGCCCGGCUGGACAAGCAAGGCAAAGUUAAUGCCUGGACCUCGGGCCACAACGACCAGUCACAGUGGUUGCAGGUUGACCUCCUUGCUCCUACAAAAAUCACUGGCAUAAUUACCCAAGGAGCCAAAGAUUUUGGUCACGUCCAAUUUGUUGGGUCCUACAAGCUUGCUUACAGUAAUGAUGGGGAGCACUGGAUCAUAUACCAAGAUGAAAAACAAAAGAAGGAUAAGGUGUUCCAGGGGAAUUUUGACAACGACACGCACCGUAAGAACGUCAUCGACCCUCCAAUCUACGCCCGGCACAUCCGCAUCCUCCCGUGGUCAUGGUACGGCAGGAUCACCCUGCGGUCGGAGCUGCUGGGCUGCGCCGUGGAGGACUGAGGCCGACCUCCGUCGCAGCUCUCGGUAUAGCCACAAGUCCCUCCGUAGAAGAAACUGUGCAAAGCCUGUAGGAUGCUGAGUGGGUUUUUCAUGAACAAGUGCUCAUUUUAUGGUAGGCCGCUAACUGUCUUUCGCAAGGAGGUCUAAGCCUGCCCUUUAAAUGAUCCCAAUCCGAUUUUGUCCUUGAAAUCUGUUAGUGUUGUCCCUUCUGCUGUGGAAUUAUCUUUCUAGUUUUCCUUUGAGUUGUUCACACUAGUUGAAACGUGUUAGGGAAAAACGGCAGCAUCCUUUUUACAAGGGAAGAGAAAUAGCAUGACAAAGCUCAUUUGCAGCUUUAGAAACAUUGGGCUGACGAGUUCUCCAUAAAUCAUACUGUCAUCUUACUUGCAAAAAGUGAUACUGCAGCUUUUAGCAAUAAGUUUUCUUGGGGAUGACUGCAUUAUAGUAAUUGUGCCUAUCAAACACUGUCAGUAUUUAUGACAUAUAUUUUGGAAGAUACUCUGUGGUACUGUAAAAGGCAGUACCUGUGAUAUUACAAGCUACCUUUCAUCACUUUUCAUCUGAACAGCAGAGUCCAUGCAACUAAAGGGUUUUCCUGACUAACCCCAUUUUCCUUCUCUAUUUUGCAUGCUGUAGACAUGACCUCCAUCUUUUCUGUUUAGUAUCACCACUGAUGUUAUUUUCCUUGAAAGAGGUGACCUGUUUGCAUAUGGAACAAAAUCUGCUUUCAGUAUAUUAUGAAGUUAAUGAAUUUGCCAAAGUUUAUUAAUUCUGCUCAAGAUGCGCUCUUUCAAGGAGGCUGAGAUGAGAUGCCAGGCUACUUGUGGUAUCCCAUCGUAAGUACCCACGUAGGUAAAGGCAAACAGCGCAUCAGAAAUCCUGAACCCAUUUUGUGACUUGCCCAGGGGUGAGCGCACAACCCUAGGUGGAGCUGCCUGCCCAAUUACUGAUCCCAGAAACCUCCUCAAUUCCUGUUAUGGGGUAAAUGUGGGGUGCAGGAAUCGGGUGCUAAGAAACACACAGGAGGAAUGACUCCCUUACUGCCAGGAGACCCUCUCAGUAGGCUCUUAUGGUGGUGCUCACAGCCUUCUUCCUGGGCAUGAAGGCAAGAGGUGAUGUAGGAGUUCAUCAAAGCUGGGCCCUUGCUGCCUUCUGCUCCUAACUAUGCCUUUUCAGACAUACGCCAGUGAGCCACGAGGAGACUCAUUUUUAUCAUGCCCCAUCUACGGAAAUGAUUCAUACACACUAUGCUGUUUUAACAACACAACAGCCAGCAAGGACCCCAGUUUAAAACGUAGGUUUUAGGAGGAAAAGUGAAGCAGUAGAGGGCACAUCCUCUCCUGUGCCUCUGUUUCUGAUGAUGAUGGAGGUAAUGGUACCAACCUUUGUAGAGCACUCCGAGUUUCCUUGGAAUAAAUGAGUCUAUGACUAUGCUAGAGUAGCACCUAAGUCUAAAAAAAGCCCAGGACAAGGAGCGAGGGGACGGUUUACCUGUCACCUGAAAUAACAGCAUUUGGGAUUACUGCACCCUUUUAAUUUCAUAACAUGCUGAUGUGGAGAGAGAUAGAUAGGUAUAUACAGCUGCAUGCUUUAGCAAAUGUUACUGAACUUACUUCUUUGUCACCGUUACAGUCUUAUCAAAACUCUGAAGUAGGAACCUGGGCACUGCUUCCCAGGCAAACAGCUAGCUGGCCCACAGUCUGCAAAGGGCAGAGUUUACUUUGGAAACAAAAUGGUUUGGAUUUCAACAACCUGCAUUUAAUCACACAUUCUCCACCACAGACAAAAUAUAUUAUCCAUUGAACUGUGAAAGACUCUAGAAUAGCAGCCAGGAAUUUUACAUACAUUAAUUGGGGAUAUAUUGGUGGCGGUUUUCUGAUAGUGUCACUUAAACUGUCACAUUUUAACUAAAAGAACACCCUGCCUCUAUAAAAUGACUUAAUCCUUAAACUGUAUUUAUACAAGUAUUUAUUUUAUAAGGCUUAGACAUUUAAAGACUUCUAAAGAAGAGUCUUGUAAAGGUAAAAGUAUGUGUAAGAAAUGUUAGGUCCUGUGCAACACUGCUAAGUUUGUUCUUUAUUUUUUACUUUGUGCUGCAUAACAAAAGCCACUAGACUGUUACUGUCUUGUCUGUAACUGUGUUAACAGCAUUCCUUAAUGAUGUAUAUAUGGAGUGGUCUUCAAGCAUAGUGAGCAAUUUUAAAGAGGAAGUCAAUCAUGAUGGUACUUUAAAAGAGAUUAAAAAAUCUGAAUAAUGGAGGACAAGUUUAUUCCCAAAUUAUCUGCUGCCCAUGUUUUGCACUUUAGGCUUUACAAAAAAAAAAAAAAAAAAAAAAAAAAAAAAUCAAAAAAAUAUUUUAGGGG